AAUCCGACUAACACUGUAUUCGAUGCCAAACGUCUCAUUGGCCGGAAAAUGGACGACUUGGAAUUAAAGCGUGACAUCAAACACUUUCCCUUCCAACAUUCAAUUACAAGGGCGACACACUCCACAGAGGAGAUCAGUGCUAUGAUUCUGACAAAGAUGAAGGAGACCACAGAGGAGAUCAGUGUUAUGAUUCUGACAAAGAUGAAGGAGACUGCAGAGGCCUAUCUCAGCGAGAAGGUCACCCACGCAGUA